AUGCAGUCCCGGGAGGAGAUUGCGCGUGCUAUACGUGAACGCAACGGCAGAGACACCCUUUCCUUAACAAGAGAAGAGAGGAGAGAUAUUGCACGUAAGUUGAACUUCAGUGGUGUGGCCAUGGACGAGCACGAGUCGAUGCAGGAGGAACAAGAACAGACUGAACAGAAUGUAAACCACGUACAGAUUGCGAUUCGGUUACGACCACUGGAAGAGGCUGUUAAUGGGACAGAAAAUGAAUGCUUUCGUGUGCUGUCAGAUGUGACGCUGUUGGUGCAGCCGCCCAAGACAUCACAGUCCUAUCGCUCUACUGGCACCGCCACGAGCUUCCAUUUCUCGCGUAUUUUUAAACAGGAGACACAUCAGACAGAGUUAUUUGAAGCCACAACGAGACCGGUACUGGAUGCAGCCUUUGAUGGCAAAAGUGGACUUGUAUUCGCCUAUGGAGUUACUAAUUCUGGCAAGACUUAUACAAUUAGCGGCACUAGUGAUGCACCUGGUCUAUUGCCACAAUCUUUGCAGUACGUGAUGGAUGAAUUGUUAAGACGCAGAAAAGACAACGUCGAGCCCGUCACGAAAAUUACAGUGACGUACCUUGAGAUCUACAAUGAAAACGUGUACGAUCUAUUGUCACCUUCUCUUCGAAAGAGAAGAGCACUGCGUGUCCAAGACUGCGACGGAAAAAUUCAGGUGCGAGGAGCAGUGGAAAAGACCAUCAAGACGCUGGAAGAGGGACUUGAUCUGCUGGAAAUGGGUCGGCGACAUAAGCAAGUGGUCGAGACUAACUGCAACUCGGACUCGAGUCGCAGUCAUUGCGUGUUUACGCUACAGUUUUACCAGCAAGUGUCACGAUUUUCAUCGGAUUUACGUAGCAGAGUAUCUAUCGUGGAUCUGGCGGGCUCUGAACGUGGUUCUAAGAGUGGUGCAACUGGACUACGGAUGCAAGAGGCUAGUAAGAUCAACAGCUCUUUAAUGAACCUCAUGCGCUGUCUUGAGACUUUGCGGUGGAAUCAACAACAUCCGCCAAGUUUGCAAAAGAUGGUCCCAUUUCGCGAAUCCAAGCUAGCACGUCUUUUCCAAGAUCACCUUGUGGGAAACGACCACGGGCCGUUGGUGAUGAUUGUAGCGGUUAACCCAUCCAGUCACGAGUUUGACGAGACCUUGCGCACGCUAAAGUAUAGCGCCAUUGCGCGCAAGUUAGUGAGGACGCGCACGUCCAUUCCUAGGAAGGCUGCCCCAACAGCAACGUUCUACGACCUAGAUGGGCGAUUGAAAAAGAGGAGACGGCAGUCGACGGAAGUAAUCGCACCUCAGGCUUCGAAACCGCAAAUGGAUUUGGGUGCCACGGAGGCAAAAAUAACUGUUACAUCACCUCCGUCCAAAGUCAAAGUAAAGCACCGAAAGAGUGGCUCUGUAUGCCGACAACGUAGAUCGGCCGCAUCUGGUCUGGCUAAACCGAAGAUGAUAGAGGUGGGGACAUCUCCGAUGGAGUCGCGAGGAGAGAUCGCCGAAAGAGACUUGCAUUGGGCCAAAUUGGAACUAGAGAAUGAGGAACUUCGAGGGCAAUUGGCAGAGACCCGAGCUGGAGAGAUGCAGACGGAGGUCCGCAUUCGUGCAGAGGUUGUUGAUGAAAUGCGCGAGCAGUUGCAGCAGAUUCGCGCGCAGUAUCAAUGUUCUCAGCACCAACAACGCGAGGAUCUGCCUUCUGCACGUAAAAAACGCGAGCGGCAACACGCAGAAGAAUGCGAAAGAUUGCGCGCGCAUGUGCAGGAACUGCGCGGAAAAGUACGCGAGUGCGAGGACGAAAUUCAGCGCCUCCACAAGCGCCACCAAGCAGAACUUGACAAAUUGCAGUCGAGUUUUGUACCAGUAGAGAUGAUGUGA